UGCUUGUUUUGUCCGCAAUGCUUUGCUUGUCAUUAUGAAGAACUUACCUGUUGUCUCUUCACACAUUUAUCGCGCACGGUGCGGUCGCAACAUGAAACUGUGGUUUGUUAGAUCUUUUAUGGCUGCAUGCGUUUGCUUUAUCUACUGGAGUUUGCUGGGAUUGAUGUCAUCAGAGGACUGGAGCACAUUUCAGAGGGCUACGGAAGUAAGCUGGAUUGUUAACGAAAUCGCUGAAGAGGAAGUGCCAUCCUGCUCUUUGAGACGUAUCAUAAAGCAGGAAGACAGUCUGAAAACACAUUUUAGCUUCUCAGUGCCUGUUCUGCAGUGGCGUGAUUCUGUUAUUUACUCACAUUGGCAAACGCUCCGGAGAGAACCGCUGCCCUACGGCUGGAAGGACCAGCCUUUCCAUGAAAUUUUCAAGACUCUUUCAUUGCUUUCACAUCCUGGCAACAGUCGUCUGUUUGAGCGGAAAACGCCGGAUGCAUGUGUGCGUUGUGCCGUGGUGGGUAACGGAGGUAUCCUCAGAGGAUCCGGGCAGGGGAAGGUCAUAGACAGUCACGAUUAUGUUUUCAGAGUCAAUGGGGCAAUCAUCAAAGGUUUUGAAGACGAUGUUGGGACAAAGACGUCUUUCUACGGCUUCACCACCAACUCCCUCAAGAACUCCAUUCUCGCUUAUUACGAAGACGGGUUCGACCAGGUGCCACGUGACCCGGGCAUUGGAUAUAUUUUUAUACCUGCGGAAACUCGAGACUAUAAGAUGUUGUCAGCUGCCAUCCAGGGUGUGUCUGUACCCUCCGGGCCUGAUAAAGGUGAAAGGGCCUCGGAUCUUUUUGGAUAUAAUCCUGAAAUGCAUCAGUUCAAGAUGAUCCAUCCAUCCUUCGUUCAUUAUGUGACUCAGAGGUUUCUGAAAUCCCCACAGCUGGAUGAAUACAGGGAUAUUUACAUGCCCAGCACGGGUGCUCUAAUACUGCUGGCUGCUUUACACACCUGUGACCAGGUCUCUGCGUAUGGCUUCAUCACAGACAAUUACAUAAACUUCUCAGACCAUUACUAUGACAAGGUCAUGAAGCCUCUGGUCCUCUAUGCCAACCAUGACAUGAUGAUGGAGGGACGUCUGUGGAAGCAGCUGCACUCUCAUAAGGUCUUGUGGCUCUAUCAGAGACAAGAAACCAGAAAAUGAUA